UCCGCUGUUGCAAAAGAGCCCCGACGUGUUCAGCUGCAACGUUCGCGCGUCGGUGAGCCGAGCAGAGCCGAGCAGAGCCGGACCGAGCCAAGACAGCCGGACUGUGGAGACGGAGAAGAAGACGAAGAGGAAGGAGAAGAAGAAGAGGAGGAGGAGGAGGCACUCAGCUUGCAUACGAAACGAGAAUCUCCCGCGCGCCAAGCCUGCUUUAUUUAUUUUGAUACAUCAGCUGAUUGACCAAAGCCCCGAAAAACCAUGUCUUUUUUUCCAGCGUGUCAAUGUGAUUGAUUUUUAUUCUCAUUUUAUUCAUUCAUGGUGAUUUAUUUUUGCACUUGCGUUGGCUUGCACGAGAGCGGACCUGUGAGAGUCGCGGUCAAAGGUGGAAACAUCGAAAAGGGAACAGCUCGAAGAGAAGAAGAGGAGAAGAAAUGGAGCAACCGAGCGGCUUCUCGUCGGACCGAAACAUCCUGUGCCUGUUUGACGUGGACGGCACCCUGACACGACCGAGAGAGAAAAUCGAGCCGCAGCUGGACGAGUUCUUCCAGACUCUGAGGAGGAAAGUGAAGAUCGGCAUUGUGGGAGGGUCGGACUACUCCAAGAUAGCAGAGCAGCUCGGGGAGGGGGAUGAUGUGGUACACAAGUUCGACUACGUGUUUGCUGAGAACGGGACAGUGCAGUACAAAGACGGGAAACUCCUCUCAAAACACGCUAUUCAGAACCAGAUUGGAGAGGAGCUUCUGCAGGACCUGAUCAACUUCUGCCUCAGCUACAUGGGGCUCAUCAAGCUGCCAAAGAAAAGGGGGACGUUCAUCGAGUUCAGGAAUGGAAUGAUCAACAUUUCUCCCAUCGGUCGGAGCUGCUCGCCGGAGGAGCGAAUUGAAUUCUCUGAAUUGGACAAGAGAGAGAAGAUCAGGGAGAAAUUUGUUGCUGCACUGAAAGAGGAGUUUGCCGGAAAGGGACUUCAGUUUACUAAAGGUGGCCUCAUCAGCUUUGACAUUUUCCCGGAGGGCUGGGACAAGAGACUGUGUCUAGAGCUGCUGGAGAGUGAGGGCCUGGACGCCAUCUACUUCUUUGGCAACGAGACCACAGACGGGGGGAACGACUAUGAGAUUUUCAACGACCCACGGACCAUCGGCUUCACGGUCUUCUGUCCAGAAGACACGGCCCGGCUCUGUCGGGAGCUUUUCUUUGAUUCCGCACCAGGCGACUCCUGAUGUACUGACAUGUCUCCACCGCUGCCCCCGGCCCCGUUACCCACAAGCCCCUCUGAACUCCAGCCCGUGGGUUUCUGCUGGUACGGCAGGUGUUUUUUUUUUAUUUUUUAUGAACUUCUAAAAGGUACCACUACUGAUUUUUUUCUUCCUUGUUAUUUUUGAGGUGAUCUGACUAAAUGUGUUCAAUGAAUUCAAAAGUUUCUCUCUUAAAGGGGACAGUAACUGAGUAAGUGUUACAUGUAGAUGUGUGUCAAAUGUUUUAAUAUUGUGCCAGAAGACGUGUUUGACUGGGAUGUGCAGCGUGUAACGCCAAGCUAACAAAAUGCUUCGAGAGAUUAUGAAAGGAAAGUUAACACCCCAGAUUAUUAAGUAUAGAAUGAUGUUUUGCACUAAUGUUUGGAUAAUCUUGUCCCUGUUGUUGGUCUUGUUGAGUACUACUGAAGCAGGUUAUAAUAUUGAAAGAGAUUUUGAAACAUUGCUGGUGAUAUGUGAGUCCAUUUUGAAAGUGAGGUUUGAGUGAAGCGUCAAAGAAGAUGUCGACAUUACCUCCUUCAGAGUUGAGGACGCAUGAAUUGUGUAUUGUAAUGUCUCUGAACUGGAGGUUAUUUAUUGAUGGUUUUACUGUGUGAUCCCCUGAAUGUCAAAUGUCUGCGUUAACCUCACAAACCUGCUGUGAAAGAAAGAAGUUCGAUGUCAUAUUUAUAUUUCAAACGGAACAUUACUGACUCGAGGGAUUCAUUUUAACCAGUGAAUAAAGCUGCUCUGACCAAGACGCUCUACAAACCUCUGCCAGGCAAUAUGACAACUUUUUAUGUAAAAUAUUUUUACAAGCCAGUACGCCGUGGGCUUGGUGACUGUAUGUAUCGGUGCUUACUGCUUGAUUCCUUGUUGAUAACUUUUUAAGGAGUUUUGCAGUAUUCAACAGCUGCUUGAACUGUGUUUUUAAAAUAAGUUUUUAGAAAUAAUUGGAAAAACUGUUUCAUUUUCCCAUAACAAUUUGUCCGUCUUUCUGUUAUGUUUCAGACAUAAAAGAAUUAUUAUUGUGAAUACAAGGCUCCUGAUAAGUGUCCGACUGUUAACUCUGCUACAUCCCGUAGACUUACAUGCAAAGAAUCAGGUUUUAAUGUCACUGAUGCAAAAAAAUUUCAGUCACUUGUGGAUAAAAAUAAUUAUUUUCAUUAAAAUUCAUUGUAAUAAAUCUUUUUUUUUGAUAA